UUUAAUGAAGAUAAGUUUGAGUUAGAUGUAUUGGGUAUGGCAGAAAAUUUACAUAACUCAGAUUUUGAAUUCAAUUUAAGCAUAUUAAAUCAAUCUACAUCACAAAAUAUUAGCAUCACUAUUACAAAUAGUUUAGAUAAAUAA